GAGGCUCGAGUUUGAAAAUAAAGUCUUGGUCUCGGGCUUGAAAAACGAUUAGUCGAUCAUCAAACCAGACUCGAAAAGACUCCUCAAUGAUCAUGAGGUCGCCGUCUAUCUCUCUCCGUCCGUCCAUCAAUUAAAAUUAAAACCCCCCAAAAUUCAACACCAACAAACAAACAAACAAACACUACUUUGUAAUCCAUCCACAUUCCAAAAUUACAUCAUUGCAUUUCAUAAUUCAUACAUUAAUCAAACAGGGAGGCGGCCAAUAGAUUUAUUAGUAUAGAUGAGUGGAGGGCGAGUGUGUAGAAAGCUAGUGGAAUUAGGGUAUGACGGAGCAGUAGAUCCAGACAGUUUCGAAUGGCCUUUUCAGUACGACGACGCCCGUCCUAUUCUCGAUUGGAUCUGCUCUUCCCUCCGUCCUUCCAACGUCCUUUCUCCCUCCGAACUUUCUCUGUAUGAGCAAUUUAUACAAGAGGGGAAGCUUUUGGAGGGAGAAGAUUUGGAUUUUGCUUAUGAAAGCAUUUCCGCCUUUUCAACAAGGAGAGACAAUCAGGAGGCAGUUUUUGGAGCUGAAGAAGGACUAAAAGACAUUAGGGAUGCUACUUUAGCCUAUAAGGCAGAAGCCUUGGAGCUGCAGCGACAACUUGGGCAUCUACAGUCUCAAUAUGACAUGCUUAGUACGCAGGCUUCGGCUUUGAUUCAAGGAAAAAGAGCAAGAGUUGCAUCUACAUCUACUGUCAAUGGACAACUGACUACCGUAGAUGAUAGUCUGUCAGCAAGAAACUUAGAGAUGAAUGCAGUUCUUGGACGGAUUGCUUCUACAGCACAAGAGUUGGCCCACUUCCAUUCAGGAGAUGAAGAUGGCAUCUAUUUGGCAUACUCCGACUUCCAUCCUUACUUGCUUGUUGAUUCAUUGUGUAUGAAAGAGUUAAACCAAUGGUUUGUUAAGCAACUAGACACGGGUCCUUAUCGCUUGGUGGCAGAGGAGGGAAAAUCCAAGUGUUCAUGGGUCAAUCUUGAUGAUAUCUCCAAUAACUUGGUGCGAGCGGAUACCCAAAAAACACAACAUCAACGCGUUUCAGAAUUGCAAAGGCUUCGGUCCAUAUUUGGAACCAGUGAGAGGCAGUGGGUUGAAGCUCAAGUUGAGAAUGCAAAACAGCAAGCUAUUCUGCAGACACUUAAAGGUCAAGUAGCUUCAGAUGAAGCUCAUAUUCACCUUGAUCUUCAUUCACUUAGGAGAAAGCAUGUUGAGUUGUCUGGAGAGCUUUCAAAUCUGCAUAACAAGGAGGAGAAAUUGCUGUCUGAGACUAUACCUGAUCUAUGUUGGGAGUUGGCUCAGCUUCAAGAUACAUACAUUCUGCAAGGUGAUUAUGAUCUAAAGGUUAUGCGGCAAGAGUAUUAUAUUCAACGCCAGAAAGCGUUCAUAAGUCAUCUGAUUAACCAACUUGCAAGACAUCAGUUUUUAAAGUUAGCAUGCCAAUUUGAAAAGAAGACAAUGCUUGGAGCCUUUUCGUUACUCAAAGUAAUCGAGUCGGAGCUCCAAGGUUACCUAUCAGCAACCAAAGGACGAGUGGGCCGUUGCUUGGCUUUAAUUCAAGCAGCAUCAGAUGUUCAAGAACAAGGAGCUGUUGAUGACCGAGAUACGUUUUUGCAUGGUGUUAGAGAUCUUUUGAGCAUUCAUUCAAAUGCUCAAGGUGGUUUGUCAACGUAUGUAUCGGCACCAGGACUGGUACAGCAGAUAUCUAGCCUACAAUCGGACCUCAAUGCCCUCCAAUCUGACUUAGACAAUGCCCUUCCAGAAGAUAGAAGUAGAUGCAUCAAUGAGUUGUGCACUCUUAUCCAAAAUUUGCAACAGUUACUAUUUGCAUCUUCCACCACCGCACAGCCGAUUUUGACACCCCGGACUCUAAUGAAAGAGAUAGACGAGAUGGAGAAGGUGAAUGCCAAGCUAUCUGCUGCUGUUGAAGAAGUAACACAAGAGCACUGCAAGAAGAACGAGAUUGUAAAGCAUCACUCUCAAGAAAUAGCACUUCAACGGCAGGUUUUUGUUGAUUUCUUCUGCAAUCCUGAUCGUUUGAGAAAUCAAGUGAGGGAAUUAACAGCACGAGUCAGGGCUUUGCAAGCAUCAUAAUUAACUGUUGUAUGUAUCGUCAUCUUCUUCAUUUCUUCUCCGCCCCUGUUUUCUGAGUGUUAGUUUCUUUAGUUAUACCAACAUGUUUGAAAUCUCAUUUACUCGAUUUGUAUUUUUGCCUUCUUGGCAUUCCUAGUAACCCUUUUAGUUCUAUGUAUAUAAUGUAGCGUUUUCCUCUAACCAGGAAAAAAAAAUGAGAAGGUUUUUGUAUGAUUUAACUUGCUACGUUGGUAUAUUAUCAUUUGUUUUUGUUCAUUUUUA